ACUGAUAAGACCUCUCUCGCGUCGCGAUAUUAAAUGCACGUUACAAGCACAAGUCAGGACGAGAGGAGGAGAAGAAAAGUCAUAGUUCGAUAGCAUGUUGUCAAGUGGCUUUGAGGUUAUGACGUUUAAAUGAGGUACUGUAAAAAAGGCUACAACAACAGUCAGUUAUUUCAUAGUAAUUGGAGAACGCCAAAAUUGAAGAAGCAAUAAGAGGAUGUAUUGCGUACAAUGGCUGAUACCCGUACUGCUAAUACCAAAGCCAGUGAAUCCUGCUCUACUACAGACUCAUGUUAUGUUCAUGGUUCUAUACCUGAUCGGAUUCUUCUUGGAGCGAAAGCCCUGUACUGUAUGCAGCCUUGUCUUUUUGGCUACAGUAUUUCUAAUUUGUUACAGUGGCAUUGGCAACUGCCUCUUCUGGAGUAACAAUUGUGAUACUGUAAGAUGUGACAAUGGUUGAAACAAUCAUCAUUGAGGCACAAGACUUAAGAUUAAUUUUUACUAGUUUUAAUUGUAAUUACCAAGAUGUGCUGCUUGAAUGAGAGGUUGAGUUGCAUAUGGCGCAGGGUCUAGUUUUGUAAUUGCUCGGCAUAAAUUUUCGAGUCUUUCCAUUGUAAAUAUAAUGUAUACUACAGUGGUGAGUCAUAGAUGCAGGGAUUGCAUAUCGAAUUGUAUAUAAAGUCUUUCCAUUGAUUAUCGCAAUUAUUUAUCCAUCACAAUAAUGAAGUUUUAACUUCAAGUAGUGAAAAAGUCAAUGAAAAUUAUUGUCUUUUUGGGUGAUCCAAUCUAGUUUACUAAAUAGGAUAAGCUAGAUAUUUUUGAUUACCAAAUAUUUCAAUAGUUUAUUUUAAAAAAUUUUAGUUUUCACCCAGCAUGCUGAAAUUAUUUAAGUAUGCCCAUUAAAUUUUAACUAAGGUUGCUUAUAGACAAGUUUAGUUUUAAAUUUCCAAUAAGAUGGUUUUUUGGUCAGUGACUAUAAUUAUUCUUUCUUGACAAUUCAAGCUAUUGAUGCUUUCAGAAGGAUUCAAUAUGCGUUAUUAAACAUUGUCAUAAUCACAUAGUCUUUAAAACUUUUAAAACUAAACAAUAAAAUGCUUUAUUUACCGAAAAUAGCAGUUUUGUAUAUUUUUACCGACGUUUUUUUCUUAAAAUCGUCGAUAUUAAGCAAAAGUGGAGUUAUAUAUGGAGAACUAAUGAAGUUUUCUCAAUUUUAUUUAGCAUCUGAUGAAUCUCUUCCAUUUCUAUAGGGAUUCCAAAUGACAUAUAUGCAUAUGCUACCUCCAAGUGAUUAAACUAAUUGCAGUAUAAAAUGAACAAGAGUAAUAAUAAUUGUAAUUAAAGCAAUUUAUUGUAACCGUUGGUGGAAGAACAUAAUAACUUGUAAUAGCUGACCUGCCUAAUUUUAUAAAAUACGUAAAAAUUUUAAUGAAUUUUAAUUCAGAUAUGAAAUUUGUCACAGCACAAAUGUUUAUUUAGCCUGUGAUAAAGUGAUAUUUAUACUGGAACGAGAGGAUAGCAAAUGCAAUCUAUUCAAAUUAGAGAUAUUACAAAAUUGCAAAUAAUUUACUAUUUAAUCCAGUGAUGCAGCAGCAUUGACCUAAUGCUUGGCAAAUUUUAUUUUAUCAUAGCUGAUGCAUUUUAAGCUGUUAUAUCAUCAUCAUGUGUAUAUUAAACAAAUGAAUAUGGUCUUUGAAGAAUCAAAGUUUUUUUCAAUUACCAAAAACACAAAAUCGUUGCCUCUUCCAUGUACUGUUCAGAUAAUUCCAUUUAUCUAUAUUGUAAAUAGGGUAAUUGCAUACUUUUAUGAACUGCACUUAUAAAAAAUUUACAAAAAAUGAUCAUUUUCAUUAAAAAUUAGUUAACCGACAUUAGGAAUCAAUUUGACAAUAUCCAUCACACAGUAAAGGAAAAUUAGGUUCUGAUUGUUUCAAACCAUUGAAUUAAUUGUAUGUUCCACAUAAUGGAAUUCAGAUCUAAAAGCAUUAUUUAAUAUUUAACUAAAAAUUAUAAUUACAAUAUUUAACUAAAUUAGCUUUCACACCAUUAUCUUUGUAAGUACUUUGAAUUGUUACUACAGGUAUAUAAGUAUUGAAUAAAUUGAUGAAAAUCAAAUUUC